ACCAAAACGCUCAAACACCCCCAAUUCCAGAGCCAGCUCAACCACAGCUAUCUCAAGCUUAGCCAAGGGUCAUAGGUAGCUACACCCACCACCAAAACAUCUCAUCCCAUUUCAUAUCUCAUCUCAUCUCAGCUCAGCUAUGAUUCUAUGUAAGACAUGGUUUUAGCACUAAGGUGGUGUUGGUGUUGUUUAGCCUAGGUAGAACGUGAGUGUGAGUGUGUGUGUGGGGCGGGGGCACGGUGGCGUUUGUUUUUCUCUCUCACGAGUCAUCACACUGCCCAGGACUGGCUGGACCUCUGCGCUGAGCCCUGCCGAGCGCUGUGCCUGGAAUACGAGUGUGAGAGAGAGAGAGAGAGAGGGCGGAUUCGUUGACUGGGGAGUGAGAGUUUGACGAGGAGAGAGAGAGAGAGAGAGAGAGAGAGGUGUGUCGAGGGAGGCGAUGGCGCGGCGCGAGGAGAUUGAGGAGGAGAAGGAGAAUGGGGGCAGCCAUUUGUUGCGGCCACGGAUAUGAUGCAGCGGCUGAGGAACUUAGCGUCUGGUUGGUCCUCCACGGCUGACACGCAGCUUGGUGGAGCUGGUACCAAGAGGGCAAAGGUAGAACAAGGCGAGGAGCAAGGCAUGGCGUCCUCGGUUAGCGCGGCCGGCUUGAUAGCGAAUCCCAGAGCUGCCACCGUCAACAGCAACGUUGUGGACCAGCUCCCGGACGAGAUGCACGAGAUGAAGAUCAGGGAUGACAAGGCCGCCACACACAUUGAUGAAAAGGAGGUGGAGGCGGCGGUGAUUGACGGCAAUGGUACCGAGACCGGACACAUCAUUGCCACCACAAUAGGAGGUCGGAAUGGCCAACCUAAACAGACAAUCAGCUAUGUCGCGGAACGGGUUGUGGGAACGGGCUCCUUUGGAAUCGUUUUCCAGGCCAAGUGCUUGGAAACCGGAGAAACCGUGGCUAUCAAAAAGGUCCUCCAAGACAAGCGGUACAAGAACCGAGAGCUCCAGAUAAUGCGCCUCCUCGACCACCCCAGCAUUGUCUCCCUCAAGCACUGCUUCUUUUCCACCACCGAUAAAGACGAGCUCUACCUCAACCUCGUCCUCGAGUACGUGCCCGAGACCGUCUACCGGAUUGCAAAGCACUACAACAGGAUGAACCAACGCAUGCCGCUGCUGUACGUGAAGCUCUACACCUACCAGAUCUGCAGAGCAUUGACGUACAUUCACGGUGGCAUGGGUGUCUGUCAUCGAGACAUUAAGCCGCAAAAUCUUCUGGUAAAUCCACACACACACCAGCUCAAGCUCUGUGACUUUGGGAGUGCUAAAGUCUUGGUGAAGGGAGAGCCCAACAUAUCGUAUAUCUGUUCCCGUUACUACCGUGCUCCGGAACUUAUAUUUGGUGCAACUGACUACACAACAGCCAUCGACAUCUGGUCGACUGGAUGCGUUCUGGCUGAGUUACUUCUUGGUCAGCCUUUGUUCCCAGGAGAGAGCGGCGUGGAUCAGCUAGUGGAGAUUAUAAAGGUCUUAGGUACUCCUACUCGCGAGGAAAUCAAAUGCAUGAAUCCAAACUACACGGAGUUUAAGUUCCCUCAGAUUAAAGCGCAUCCCUGGCACAAGGUUUUCCACAAGCGGAUGCCUCCUGAAGCAGUGGACUUGGUGUCGAGGCUGCUUCAGUAUUCCCCCAGCCUCCGAUGCAAUGCCCUGGAGGCACUUGUCCAUCCGUUUUUUGAUGAGCUCCGAGACCCGAGCACAAGGCUACCCAAUGGACGACCGUUGCCAGCCUUGUUCAACUUCAAACCACUUGAGUUGAAGGGCGCAUCGCAAGAACUGCUUGAACGACUCAUACCCGAACACGCGAGAAAGCAGGUUCCUUUUCUAGCGCUGUAGGCCUCGACGAUCUGACAAGCAAGCCCUCUUAUUUUUCUCGUUAACCUCUCUGGUAUGAUCUUUGUAUGUGUACUAUGCUGAUGCUACAACACUACUACGUACGACGACUGCUUCCCCUAGGUACAAUACAAUAGAGAGAACUGUGAGUGAGUGUGAGGGAGUAAAGAGAUUACUACUAUUA